AUUAUUGCACUAGCUGCAGAUGAAGAAAAUAACAUUCAAGAUUCUGGGGAUGAAUACUCAAGGGAAAGAAUCAAUAGGGUGAUGGACUUUUUCAAGACGGCAUCUGAAUGUUUCUUCGUGGGAUGGUUUUGGGGAUAUGUAUUGUUUUUUCUUGACAAUUCAUCUCAGGAUUAUGGUUCUAUACUGUACCGGUUAAGUAUGGGGUUCUUUGCUUUCAGCUGCAUUAGAUAUGUGAUUUCUAUUGUAACAAGCAUUAUUUUUCCUUUUGUAUUAUGUGGUUUCUUGGUUCAAAUAGCAUGUUAUGCGUGCAUCAUCAGACCAUUUGAAUUAUAUUCUGAACGGAAAGGUGAAGAUAUUGUAAGUAAUAAUUAUCAUGGUUUAGAUUCUGAAUGGGAAAGCGACGGUGAAGAUAUUAGCUGUUGUUGCAUAUGCUUGGGGAAAUAUGGAGACAAGGAUGAACAAAUAAGGAAACUUGAAUGCUUGCACGUAUUUCAUCCGGAGUGUAUAGAAAUGUGGCUGAGAAUCAAACCCUCAUGUCCCCUCUGUUUAUCAAAGAUCAAUAUGUCCUCAGCACUUUAGAUACUUUUUCUUUUUUUUUUUGAACUUCGGCUUUCAUUAAUAAAC